UGUUGCGAAGGCUGGCAGUGUCGCGCACGCGCUCCCAGGCAGGCUUUACCGGAGGAGGACGCGCGCACGUCACGAAUCCGCAGCGACCGAAAGAUGCUGCUGCGAGGCCGCUUAGAAGAAAGGGUCAUUUAAUCUCUGUCCAUAUUUCCUCGCCUUUCUGUACAUGCCAACAAAACCGACAGCAUUGUAUACGGAUGAGCCGCCUGCACACUCACGUGGAUCGUCAACAUGAUUUUAAGCGUAUUUUAAAGCUUGGAUUCACAUCCGGCGCUUUCUGGAUCACAGGAUUGUCAGCAGCGCGACUCAUUGAGGCAUUAACAGGGCCCUGAUGCCAUACGCAAAUUCCCACCGCUUGAUUUAGAGGAAGAGCUUGGGGCAGCACGGAACCAGGAUGAGUGGAGGACAGGAGCAGACUGACAUCCUGUCUGCUGACUCACUGGUCAGAGAGCGAUGGAAAGUGCUAAAGAAAAUUGGUGGUGGUGGCUUCGGGGAGAUCUAUGAGGCAUUAGACCUGCAAACCAAGCACAGUGUGGCGCUUAAGGUGGAGUCGGCCCAGCAGCCCAAGCAGGUGCUCAAGAUGGAGGUGGCUGUGCUGAAGAAACUACAGGGUAAGGACCAUGUGUGCCGUUUUGUGGGAUGUGGUCGAAAUGACCGUUUCAACUAUGUUGUCAUGGAGUUACAGGGUUGUAAUUUGGCGGAUUUGAGGAGAAGUACAAACCGUGGGAUGUUCACUGUGAGCACUAUGCUCAGACUCGGGCAGCAGAUACUGAAAGCUAUUGAGAGCAUCCACUCGGUUGGCUUCCUGCACCGUGACAUCAAACCAUCCAACUUUGCCAUGGGGCGCUUCCCCUGCACUCGGCGGAUCUGCUACAUGCUGGACUUCGGUUUGGCACGCCAGUUCACAAAUUCAUCCCAGGAAGUCAGACCACCUCGUCGUGUGGCAGGGUUCAGAGGCACAGUACGAUAUGCUUCAGUAAACGCUCACAAGAACAAGGAAAUGGGCAGGCAUGAUGACCUGUGGUCUCUGUUCUAUAUGCUGGUGGAGUUCUUGGUUGGUCAACUGCCUUGGAGGAAGAUCAAAGACAAGGAACAAGUGGGGAAGCUGAAAGAGGCUUAUGACCACCGCCUCAUGCUGAAGCAUUUGCCCUUAGAGUUCAGCAUCUUCCUGGACCAUAUUAGCAGCUUGGACUACUAUACCAAACCCGACUAUGAGCUUUUGAUGACGGUUUUUGAGAACGGUAUGAAAACCUAUAAUGUGGUGGAAAACGACCCAUAUGAUUGGGAAAGGACAAGCACAGAUGGUGCUCGUAAUACACCUACAGCUGCCAACGUGCCUCAGCAUCACACACGCCUCACGCCAGCCUGCAUGGGUAUGGCUAAUGCCUCUGCGGUGCUUGGAGACCUUCUCAAGGAGAACACUGAUGAAGUUCUGCAGGAUGAGCAGCUCAGUGAUGGAGACAACAACGUUGGGCCUGAGCGUCAGCAUGACUCUCCUAUCCUACAUGUGAGAAACCCGGAAACUGACGUUUGGGAAGAUCUGGACCGCAAUAGUAACCUUAUCCGCUUCCCUACCUGGAAGGGCCCCGCAGAAGAGGAUCACAGUAACAAGGGCAACCUGAGCCCUCACGCUAGCCCCAGCUUUGGUUCUCCUGUAUGUUUACGCUCUGAGGUUGUACCCUCAGACAGAGAUGCUCCUCUCCUGAGGAAACUGCGCAACAUCCACAGCUUUGAGCUGGACAAGCGACUAACCUUGGAGCCUAAACUCAACACAGAGCGUUUUGUGGAGGCAUGCAGUGCGGGGAAGCAGACACCCGGUUCAGUGCUGGACCAGGAAGGUAAUGAUGGUGCAGUGCCGGCUGCUGCCUCUGUUCGUGUGUGGCACUUUGAUGAAGAGUUCCUCUCAGGAGAUGGAUCACCUAAACUAGCCUCCCCAGGCUCUCUGGAGCUCUUUGAUGGAGCAGCCAGUAGUGGAUUUGUAGCAUUACAUCUGAGCACAGACCACCAGGAUGUGGACUUGCAUGACUGGGUGAUGGUGGACCGUGUCUCUGACCAACAAGAAAUUCAAGAAGUGGCCAGUAGCAACCUGGGUCCUGAGACCAAGCUCACCAGCAGCCCAUCAGAGGAGCCAGAGGUGGUGCAGCCAAUGGAUGAGUCUCCUGAUAAGGAAGGGGUCACCGCAAGCCCCACCCUCGGACACAAUCUGGCUACACUUAGAGUAGAGAGGCUUGAACUGAGUACGGUACCAACAGCAGGUAUGCUCCCUAUUACACCCACCAGUCCUGCUGAAGCACUGGCAGAGGGAGCACUCACUCAGCUCCCCACCUCUCCUGCGUCUCUACCAGAGGAGGUGGUGGCCUGGAAGCUUCUACGCUCCCCCAGUCCUCAUGCCUUCCUGAGCACAUUAUCAGAUCCCUUGCACCAACGCUCCCCACCCACUCUUCGCCGUAGCCAAUCCGCAGAACACCAAAACCAGCACCGCUAUUCCUGCUCCUCUUCCUCCAAGCCCCGCAUCACUCAAAGGAAGCUGCCAGCUAUUCCACCAGGCGCCUCCAGCACCAAGAUCCCUUCAGUCAUACGCAUCACUCGCGCUCAGCUGCAGCAGUUGACAGCUCAGCGACCUUCUGCGCUCUCCUCCCAGUCAGCCUCUGACAGCAUGCCACAGUGUCCCCUGCUGGAGAAUCACGAGAAAGCCGCUCUGCCACAGGAUCUCACAGGUGACAUUCAUUCACCUCAGGAGCAGCCUCGAUCCCUGCGCUCCUGUCCCUCCAGUCCUGAUGAGGAAAUUCUGAUGAAUAGAAAUGGAAAUCCACAAAAAUACAGCCAAGUGCCAAGCCUGGAAAUGUUACCCCUUAAUGCUGGCAAUCCAGUUCCUAUAAACAGCCAAGCAGACUCUACGGCAGAUCCUCAGAAGGCACUACUGUCUGAGCUGAAGGACAUUAAGAAAGACUGUGAUGCCUCCACAGAUCCUGAUCAGCAACCACCACUGAAGAAAGAACAGUCCUCCCUAACUUCUGUCCCGUCUCGGGAUCCCGAUCGCCGGCUGAGCCGCAUCCCUGUCCUUGAGCCCUCUAGUUUGCUGCAGGAUGUUCUACCAGGCUCGGCUAAAGAAAAACUACUGCAGAAACGAGGCCAGCGCCUGCCCACCUCUCCCUGUGCCUCGCCAUGUGCCUCGCCCUCACUCUCCUCUGUCCAGCGUGACCGCAUGUCCUCCACUUCAGCGUCUGAGCGCUCGCAGGAUGAGGAGUCUAUACAAGGACUGAGACAGGGUGAUGAUGCCCCCUCGCUAUCCUCCUCCUCCAGCCCACACUCACAUAAGAGCAAAAUCCCUAGACCUGUAAGCCGUUCUUCUGCACAGGGGGAUCUCACGGCCCAGUUUGUGCCUCGGCCUCCUCCCGGCAAACCACCCAGCCGUACAUCUGCAGACGGAAGGCUGCGGCGUUACCGGAUUCGAGCGGGCAGUGCAGGAGACUCUGAGCUGAUGACGUGCCUGGCUCAGCUGAUGCGAGAUGGAACCAGCCGGUCCUCGUCGUUGCAUUCCCGCAGCUCAGUGCAGCACGUGGGCACCAGGCUUGUGUGCAUCAACCAAUCUGGUAUCUCGCAUCACCACCACCACCACCAUCACCAGCGCAGCUCCAGUGCUUCCCCUCGCAGCUGCUCCUCACUUCAGCGCUCCAUCAGCUCCUCACCUUCCCGGCACGAGCACCGUGUCGGAUGCCUGCGCAGCCACUCACCCCCCAGCUUCUCGGGGUCUCCGCCUUUGCGCCGCGUGCAUCCUCAUGCACAGGAGGGCAGCUGUGGUCACAAGGCCCGUGCCAAAGCUUUCCCUCGUGAGCCCAAGUGCUCCAGCAAGCUGAGCAGAUAGCUUUUCCGCUACACACAUUUACAUGCUCCAGUCCACUCACGAGCAGAUAAAUCACAAAAAAUAAAUCACAAGCAGACCAGCAGAGGAGGAAAAGGCUUGAAAGAUUCUACUUUUUAUGCUUGACUUGUACCAUAUAUACAAUAUAGUCUCCAUAUAAUAUCCAGUCUUACUACCGUGACUUUAUAGUAUUCUGCUAAGAAGAUUUGCACCCACGUCUUGCUACAUGUUUGAGUCGGACAAGAAGAGAGUCGGUAUCAGCUCUCUGACCUGCAUUCUCUCUUUACUCUCAAGAUUUUUUAAGAACAGUGAGUGUAAUGCCCGUAGGAUUUCCUUUUUUUUUUUUGUAAAUGCAACCUAAUUUUUUUAGGUGAAUUGUAGGAUUAGUUAUUUGUUUUAAGAGAGAAAAAUCAUGCAGCUGGAGCCCUGAUAUAAUUUGUCUAACAGUAGAUGCAUGGGUUUGUGUAUUUGCAUCAAGCUCUGUAAACCUGAAUUAUACUAUUUAUUGAAAUAUGUCCUUGGGCUUGAAUGCAUAUUGCACCCUUUUAUUCCAUGCAGUGGCAGGUACACUGACAGAUCACUGAAAUUAUGUAUAAUCCAUCCAUGCCAUUGUUUUUUUUUCUGUCUGUGCUGUAUUUUUGGAGGCUGCAGAAACAGAGUAUUAACAUGAAGACUAGUGUUUCCUUUCCCAACAACCACUAAAGCAAUCACUAAAAUUCGUUCAAGGACUUUGCUAUGAGCCUAAGGAGAUGUUCUGCGAGUUUCACAAUCCGCUACAGACAUGCAUGU